ACAAAGAGAGAGAUAGAGAUAGAGAGAGAGAGGGGAGGCACGAGGCACCCCAAGACCAACAAGAGUGAGAGAAGUGAGAACCCAAACCAAAGCGAAAGCGAGGAGGAAGAAAGUGAGAGACAUUGACGAGCUGCAGCACCGAAUCCACUCUCCCCUGAGCCCCAGUCCGUAGGCAGGCAGUUUGGCCGCCGCCGCCGUCGGCUACCUCCCCACCCCGACCUCCCCCGUGAAGCGAAGCGCCCCCACGGACGCUGACGCUGGGACCCGCGCCUGCUGCGAGACUGGGAGUGCCUCUCCCCCCCUGAUGGCCACCUGUGCGCCGGCGGCGAGAGGAAGCGUUAGGACGAGGAGGGCCAGCGGACUCCGCGCGAAGCAGGCCGGGCGCGCCAGCUGCCACGGCGCCUAGGGAGGCGGCCGUCUUGUUCGUUCCGGAAGGACCGGAGGCUGCGGUCUCCCGAGGAGCUAGGGUUCUCUCUGCGUCUGGGGGUUGCGGGGAUGGCGGUAGGGGACGCGCUGCGGCGGCUCUGCGAGGAGGUCGGUUGGUCCUACGCCGUCUUCUGGAAGGCCAUCGGCGCCGCCGAUCCUGUGCAUUUGGUGUGGGAGGACGGCUAUUGCGGCCACUCGUCGUGCCCCGCCGGAUCUGAGGCUUCUGAGGUUGGGUGCGAACCAAGCAGUUCUGUGUGCACGCUUGUUAGGAAGGUUAUGACAUCACAAGUUCAUGUUGUCGGAGAAGGUACCAUUGGCCGUGCCGCUUUUACUGGAAAUCAUCAAUGGAUCGUCCAAGAUGCUGCCAAUGAUCACAAGCUCAGAUCCGAGGUUGCUGCUGAGAUGAAUAAUCAGUUCAUAGCUGGCAUUCAGACUAUUGCAAUUAUUCCUGUGUUACCACGUGGUGUACUGCAGCUAGGCUCUACUAGUGUGGUCAUGGAAAACACAAACUUUGUGCUCCAAUAUAAGAAGCUGUGUUCUCAGCUAAACAACCGAUCAAAUAUGGCUUCAUCUUCGUCUGUUAAAAAUGAUUUGAACCAGAAGGUUCAGUCAAGCCCUUUAAAUGGUCCCCCAAGUAUCUACCCUGCAGGUGCUUGCUCAAAAAAUUUCAGUGGAUCCCCAGUGACUUAUGAACAAUUCUAUGGUCCUGAUGUGACAACUUUAUCAAGCAGUACAUUGGCAAAUGCAGGUAGGAACACUUCAAUGCUUGUUGCACAGAGAAAUGGUCAAGCGGUUAAAGAGCACAUUUUAUAUGCUCCUGACAUGAGGUUCAGGCAGCAAACACCUUACUGUGACAGGAGAGUUGAAAGCAACACCCAAAGUAGUGUUGUGAGCUCUGGUUUUAUCUCAUCUGUCUCCACAACAGUGGAAAAGCAUCCAGCGUUGAUGACAAACACUAGACAGUUUGAACAGGGAAACAUGGAAGAGUCGUCAGAAUUCAGAAAUAUUCUCUUGAAAUCUCUUGGGUGCCGGAAUCCUUUAGCCCAUGGAAAUACAAACAUGAUUCCGUUGCAUGACAGAGGCCAGGUGUCAGAUUUUCUUAAUGGUCGUAGGAAUUUUGAUUUUCUCCCAGAAGGUACUAGGGUAGUCAAGGGUAACUUGUAUGCCAGCACAGAAAAUCAAAGGUUAGGCCAAAGAGGCAAUUCCACUUCUGGGAUGACAGGGCACAAACAAGCUAUUUCAUAUAAAAUGCCCCAAUCUACCCAAUUCAUUAUGAAAAUGGAGGGCUCCAAGAGAGAGACAUUUCAAGGUUCUGCAGCUCUAUCGUCUGGCUCUGAUAUUCAAGUUUCUAGUGGUUUUAAAACGACCAUUUCUCAAGAGAAUAAGAUGAGUAGCUCAGAUCUUAUUGGCCCAAAAAAGGCUAAUGAAGUAAAUGACCCUGCUGAUGUAAUUAUUCAAGGUGCUAAGAAUGUGGAUAGACGCAAGCUCCUAGACAUUUCUAAUGAGAGAGCACCCUCCCUCCUUAUGGAUCCUACUACAGAAAAUGAUUUGUUCGACAUAUUUGGUACUGAAUUUCAUCACUUGUACCACAAUGUGGAUAAUGAUCUUACCUGGAAAGCUGCAAAACCUGAUAGUUCAAAUAGAGAUGCACCUGAAUCCUCUGUUCAUCUUGAUACCUCUGCUCCCUUUGAUUCAGUGGACAACGAGUUCCCUUAUUCUGGGAUCUUCUCACUAACUGACUCCGACCAACUAUUGGAUGCGGUUAUCUCCAAUGUCAAUCCUGGUGGCAAGCAGAUCUCGGGCGACAGUGCCUCUUGCAAGACUUCAUUGACAGACAUUCCUAGCAGUUCUUAUUGUCGCUCAAAAGAGACAAAACACUGCGAAUCAUCCGGUGCUCCUCCUUUGCUAAUAAAGAAUGAGUUGGCUGUUUCAAAAUUUGUUAAACAGCCAUCUUUCGUAGAAAAGGCAGAGGAUGGCUGUCUUUCCCAAAAUAAUGGAACGCACAAAUCUCAGAUACGCCUUUGGAUUGAGAGUGGUCAGAACAUGAAAUGUGAAAGUGUCUCAGCCUCCAACAGCAAGGGCAUUGAUACACCAAGCAAGGCAAGUCGAAAGAGAUCUCGACCAGGAGAGAAUCCUAAGCCACGACCAAAGGACCGUCAGCUUAUUCAGGAUCGUAUAAAGGAGCUCCGGGAACUUGUACCUAAUGGAGCAAAGUGUAGCAUUGAUGCAUUGCUGGAAAAGACCAUUAAACACAUGCUUUUCUUGCAAAGUGUGACAAAGCAUGCAGACAACCUCAAGGAUUCUAAUGAUUCUAAGAUACUUGGUGGUGAGAACGGUCCGCUUAAAAACUGCUUCGAAGGUGGUGCAACUUGGGCCUUUGAUGUUGCUAGUCAAUCUAUGACAUGCCCGAUCAUUGUUGAGGAUCUUGACCGGCCUCGCCAGAUGCUUGUUGAGAUGCUUUGUGAGGAUAGAGGUAUCUUCUUGGAGAUAGCUGACUUCAUCAAAGGACUAGGAUUAACCAUCUUGCGGGGCGUGAUGGAAGCACGCAAAAAUAAAAUAUGGGCACGAUUCACUGUUGAAGCCAAUAGGGACGUGACUAGAAUGGAAAUCUUUCUCUCCCUAAUGCGCUUGCUGGAACCUAGCUGUGACAGCGGCGGAGCAGGGGAUAAUCCUAACAAUGUAAAACUGCCUCUUGGGAUUGUGCAAUACCCUGUCAUCCCCGCGACAGGCCAUCUGAGGUGAGCGAGCGAGUACAAAUGUGACCGGAGGCAUCUUUGAAAUGCUAAGAGCGGGAGUUCGACUCACUUCUGCCAUGACUAGCAUUGUCAAUGCACGACGAGCUGGAUUCUUGUGACAUACAGUGCAUUGUUCCUGCAAUGCGCAUGCAGAAAGCCUGACAGUAGAUGCAUAUCAAGACAUGGAUUGUUGGUUCGGCAAAUGAUCAUUAGGCGAUGUUUUGGUUGUAUAAUCUCAUUUCUGUUUGUUGCUGAUGUUUUUUCUGCAUGUUAGUGAAUUUUGUGCUGUUCAUCGACUGAAUGGAAAUUCUGAGUUGAUUUGUCUA